AUGCCCACAGAAUCUGAUGAUUCCACAAAAUCAAUAGCUUUAGCAUUACAAAUAGUUUUCCAUGAACUACAGUUCUGUGAUAAACCUAUAGGUACUAAGAAGCUUACAAAAAGUUUUGGCUACGAAACUUUGGACUUUUUUAUGCAACAUGAUGUUCAGGAAUUUUUAAGGGUUCCAUUAGAUAAGUUAGAAAGCAAAAUGAAGGGUACUUGUGUAGAAGGAACUGUGCCCAAAUUGUUUGAAGGGAAAAUGAUCUCGUAUAUAAGAUGUAAAAAUGUUGAUUAUUCCAGUAUUAGAUCAGAAACUUUCUAUGAUAUACAGUUCAAUAUUAAAAGAAAAAAGAACAUCGAUGAAUCCUUUAAAGACUACAUAGCCAAAGAGACCUUAGAUGGUGAUAACAGAUAUGAUGCAUAUGAAUUCUAUGAAAAACUCUCGUUGGACUCCUAUCUCCAGGAACCUGAUCCCAACAACUCUGCCAAAUAUACUUUGCACGCAGUUCUUGUACAUAGCGGUGAUAAUCACGGAGGAAAUGAUGUUGUUUUUAUUAAUCCGAAAGGUGAUGGUAAAUGGUGUAAAUUCGAUGAUGAAGUCAUUUCAAGAUAUACUAAACAAGAAGCAUCUGAGCACAAUUUUGGUGGACAUGAUGAGGACAGGAAUAUGACAGUAAAACACUGCACUAAUGCCUACAUGUUGGUGUAUAUAAGGGAUUCACAAAUGACCAAAGUAUUACAAGAUGUGACAGAUGCAGACAUUCCGACAGAACUGGCUGAUCGCUUGGCAAAAGAAAAGCGAAUGGAGCAGGUAAGGCGUAAAGAACGUAAUGAAGCCCAUCUGUACAUGACGAUAAAUGUUCUUUUCGAGGAUACGUUCGAUGGCCAUCAAGGUAACGACCUUUACGAUCAAGAAAGGGCUCUUUUUAAGGAGUUCAAAAUCAAAGCUAUUUAA